AUGUCGUCAACUGAUGGAAGUACAAAUAAUGAUCAAACUGUUACAAUUCCAGCUGGUGAUCCAAACCAAGUCAUUCCAGCCGGUGCAGUUGGUCUCAAUCCACAAAGUACUCUCAAUCCGAAUGUUCCACAUACGAAAGCUGAUUUAGAUAAUCAUGCUAAUCAAUUGAAUCCAAAUAAUCCAAGAUAUGCUGGUCAUAAAGAACGACUUGCUGCUGCAGCAGCUAGUCGUGAGGCGGCAGCUCUACAUCAAGAAGCUCAAGCUGCAUAUCAAUAUGCUAAUCAAAUGGAAGCUGCUGCUUUGAAAGCACAAGUAGCUGCUAAUCAAUUGCAUCAAGAGGCUAUGCUUUGUGCACAACACGCCAGUACGGGUGUGCCCACUCGUAGAGGUGGUCGAGGCCGAGGACGUGGUCGUGGCCGUGGUCGAGGUCGUGGUCGUGGACAAGGCAGUCGUGGUGGUGGUCAAGGAAAUCAAGGUGAUCAAGGAAAUCAAGGUGAUCAAGGAAGCCAAGGUGAUCAAGGUAGUCAAGAAGGCUGGGACCAUGAAAAUCAUCCAGAUGAAGGUGAAUAUGAUGAAGGUGAUGAAGAAGGUUACGAAGAAGGUUAUGAAGAAGAACAUCAUGACGAAAAGGGAACAGUUGAUACUAAUAAUCAACAGUCAACUAAUAGUGAUAAUCAACCAUCAACUAAUGGUGAUAACCAACCAUUACCUCAGCGACAAUGUCCUCAAGCUCAUCAUAAAUUAUCUCUAUCUGAAUUAAUUUAUUUUAUUGAUUUAUCUUUAACAAAAUGUGAUCAAUUAAGUGAUCAAAUUGAUCCUGGUUUUACAUCAUCAUGUUCAAAUGAAUAUCCUCGUUCAUUAAUAAUGUCUCUUCUUAAACAAUAUGGAUCACAUCAUCCUAAAGAUUGGCAUAAAUAUGAAUGUUGGAAUGGUACUGAAACUUAUACAAGAAAUUUAAUUGCUCAUCAUUCAAAUCGUUUUACAUUAAUGCUUGUCUGUUGGAAAGGUGGUCCAUCACCUAUUCAUAAUCAUGCUGGUAGUGAUUGUUUAAUGUCCGUUCUACGAGGUAUAGUACGUGAAACAAAAUAUUAUAUACCAGAAAAUGAACAUAAUAUUGAAAAAUUAGAUGUAAAAGAAAUAGUGGAAAUGCAAGAAGGUGCAGUACAUUUAAUUAAUGAUCAUAUUGGAUUACAUAAAAUGGAAACAUUAGAUGAAAAUCAACAAGCAGUUACUUUACAUUGUUAUAUUCCUCCGUAUUUAGAUUGUUUUACUUUUGAUAUAAAAGAUGAUGACAUUGAAACAAAUAUUGCACAUACAACGUAUGAUACAGAGUAUGGAAAAACUGUCUCAUAG